AACCUGUCAAUUUACUGUUCUUACAAAUUCUAUGUCUCUUUUAAUUUACUUAAUUAGCUUCUAAAUCUCCCCUCCUUAGCAGCCUGUAGUCCAUUUAUUGCAUGGAGUUUUCUCCCCCGUUGGUUCCAAAUAUGAAGUUGAUUAAGGAUGAGAUUACAAGCCCGUUGAGUGCACAAGUAUUGGAGUUUAGCGAGUCAGAAUUAUUCCCAGAGACAAUACAGAAUUCCGAGGUGGGUUCGAGUUCGAAUUGCGGUUACGAGGAGAAUUCCUCGUACUCCACAAAUCUGCCGCUCACGCCAGACAUGAAUACGUUUAACGGCGGCGACGACAGGAAGGACGACGUCGCCGCCGCCGUUAAUCAAGCGUCAAAUCCCGCCGCCGACAAUAAUAAUAAUAAUAAUAACAAUAAUAAUAAUAAUCAUCUGUCCAUCAUUUUCGACGGGCAAGAAGACAUAGACAACGACCUCUCGGCGUCCAUCGACUUCUCGCUGCCGCCGCAGUUCCUCCACCACCCCAACCAGCUUGAUCAAUUCGACAUCUCGUCAUUGGACGGCCACCAGAUCCCCGUCGCCGACGUCGGCCGCAGCGGCGGCGGCGGAGGAGGAGGAGACGGUUCCCUCGCCGCCGCGGCGUACCCUUCGGACCAGCAAAUGGUGCAGCUCAUGGGGCCGCCGCCGCCGUCGUCGCAGCAGAUCGUGUACGAUGACGAAUGCCUCUCGUCGGUCCCGUCUUACUUGCGCCUCACGUCUUCGUCGCCGUCUUGUUCGCUUCUCGAUCCCACUCUCGGAAGUUACCUCAACCCCGCCUUGUCCGCAGACAAUUCCGGCGUCUUCACCGGCGCCGGCUUUUUUCUCGGCGCGGAUUUGCCGCCUCAAGACCUGGAGUUUCAAGGCGAUAACACUAGACUUUUCUGCCCUGAUAACAUUCCACGUGUUUACAACUGCGCCAGUGACCAGUUUCAGACAUUAAGCAGUGAGAGUCAGCAUUUGGUUAGUGGAGCUGGGAGUUCAACACCAUUGGCAUCAGACAUCACAUGCUUGGAAGAUACCACCUUCAAGGUAGGCAAGCUUUCUGUUGAAGAAAGGAAGGAGAAGAUCCACAGAUACUUGAAGAAGAGAAAUGAGAGAAAUUUCAGCAAGAAAAUCAAGUAUGCAUGCAGAAAAACACUGGCGGAUAGCAGGCCGAGGGUGAGGGGGAGAUUUGCAAAGAAUGAUGAUUUCGGGGACGUGACAGUAGCCAGGGCAGCCAUGGGCAACCAUGAAGAUGACACGGCCAUGGACGAAGCCGCCAGGCAUAAUUUCCUCUACGACCCUAACAAUUACCCACCUGCCGCCGCCGCCGCUGCAGCUCUCUCCCACGGCGGCCGGAUUUUCAACUCGAAUUGCCUCGCCGCGCCGCCCGGCACCGGCCCCUACGACAUGUGCACCACCUUGUUCUGCGCCGACGCCAACAUGCACUGAUCUUAUGAUACGAUGACCGAUCAGAUCAUCCCGGCCGAGAGGUGGUAGAUACAGCUAGCUAACAAUGCUGAUAUAUCCUCGUAUCGGACAUGUUUAAGUGACGUGAAUUUCUCCGAAAGAAAGACAUCAUCGUCACUACCUCCAAUCCUGGAUAUAUAUGAAGUAUGAACAAUAUAUAUAUAUAUAUAUAUACUUUCGGUUUUAUUAGCUUUUCUGCCACAGUUUUGCACGUACGCAUUACAUACCAUCCUGUUGUUGUGAUAGGGAAAAAUGAAUAAUGUCUCGUAGACUUACAUAUAGUAUAUAUGAAGAGCACAGUGUAAAUGUUGUAACGAAGAACGUAGUUGUCAGAAACGUGGUCAUGAUGGAUCAUAUAUCGUUUAUGUACUCUUUUAUUUGAAAUGGUGAGUAUACCAUAUAUUCU